AUGAAGUUUAAUUUUACGUUUCUCCUCUUUUAUGUGAUUAUGUGUGCCAACGGAUAUGAUUUAUCAUCCAGAGAAGUCAAGGAUUUUCCAUUCGCAGAAAUAGGCAUUGUUGAGACCAACGAAGAUACGGGGUUGAAAGAAAUAAUUUACAAGGAGAUCCCACAAAUUGCGGACAAUAAAGUGGAAGAUACCUUAUCAAAUCACACAGCAAUUAUAGUUUUUCUGAUCACGUUCAUCGGAGUUACUGUCCUAGUUUAUAAGUUGUUCGCUAACACGAAACAAUCAAAAUGUUGGGAUGUGACAAAGAAGUGCUGCUCCAGUAAAUUGGAAGCCAGGGAGGAAGAGACAGUUCGUUUUUUGAGCAAGAGUCGAUCAGAAGAGUGCUUGUUAACCAUGGAUUCAUUGGAUGAUUUUACAAUUACUUAUUAA